GGAUUUUCUUCCUCAAUUUCCUGUAAAUAAAGUAUAAUGGUGACCUAGUAAGCACUAAAGACACCCUUUAUUUGCAUUCCUUCGUCGUCAGAUUUCUUUACUGGUAUGCUCUGUACAUUUGUGCACGAGUUAUUCAACCAUGGUGGUUUGGACUGUCGUUUUCAUUUUUUCCGUCAUUUGUAUCACAGCUAUUCGUGCGGUCGACCCCAUCUAUGCAUGUGAUAGUCCCAUUUUCUGCCAUGGGAAGCUCUUGGAUACGGUUCAAAGGUUGAGACUUUUUAAUGAUUCCAAGACAUUUGUGGACAUGAGCUUACGAGAAUCCCAAGAUACAAUAUUGGCAGCAUUUGAUGCAUUACCAAAACCAGUCACUAAAGAACGAGCACGGAAGUUUGUAACAGAUCAUUUUUCCGGUCCUGGCGAGGAGUUCCAGUCAUGGGAACCGUUAGACUUACCGAGACUGCCCUCUUUCCUAAGCAAGAUCAAGGACCCUUUGUUAAGGGACUUUGGCUGGGAUCUCUGUCGAAUUUGGAAAGAACUUGGACGUAAGAUCAAACUCGAUGUUAAACUAAACCAAGAUAACUACUCUUUGAUAUACCUACCUAAUCCAUUCAUCGUCCCAGGAGGAAGAUUCAGAGAAACUUAUUACUGGGAUACUUAUUGGGUGAUAAAGGGUCUUCUGUUGUGUGAAAUGACUGACACUGUUAAGGGCAUGCUGGAAAACUUUGCAUUAAUGAUUCAAAAAUUUGGUCUCAUUCCAAAUGGAGCUAGGAUUUACUAUACAAGGCGGUCACAACCGCCUCUAUUUAUUUCUAUGAUGUACGACUACUACAAAGCCACAGGAAAUUUGACCUUCAUACAAGAUAAUUUACCGUAUAUGGAGAAUGAGUACAACUUCUGGAUGACCAACAGGUCCUUUACCAUCCAGAAUGGUACCGUUAACUAUACGCUGAACAGAUAUGCAUCACCUGUAAAUUCCCCAAGACCGGAGUCUUAUGCGGAAGAUGUUGAUACUGCUUCUAAUGUCAAAGACCCAAGCUCUAAAGCAAAAUUGUAUCAAAACCUCGUUUCCGCUGCUGAGUCUGGCUGGGAUUUCUCCUCUCGUUGGUUCUCGCGAGAAUCCGGUGCCAAUUUGACCCUUGACACAAUUCGGACUACUGAUAUUUUGCCUGUGGACUUGAAUAGCAUCCUGUGUAUGAGUGAAAACUUUUUGUCCCAGUUCUUCAAUCUCACAGGCAACCAAGAAAAGUCAAAUGAAUACAAAAGUAAAAUGUUACAAAGACAGAAAGCGAUAGGGGCAUUAUUAUGGAAUCCAAGCGAGGGGAUAUGGCAGGACUAUGACAUUACUAAGAAUUCUCGCCGUGACUAUUUCUACGCUUCCAAUGUGUUUCCUCUGUUUGCAAAUUGUGCUGAUGGAGAUCGGAAGAAAAUAGAGGACUUUGUUCUCAGUUAUUUACAGAAAACCAAAGUAUUAAAUUUUGAAGGAGGAUUUCCGACUUCUCUCGAUACGACAGGUCAACAAUGGGAUCUGCCAAACGGCUGGGCACCAUUACAACACAUUGCUAUCUGGGGGCUGUCAAAUAGUCAAAACCAACAAAUGCAGGUGGAGGCUUACAAUCUGGCUAAAAAAUGGAUUAACAAUAACUGGCUAGCAUGGAAUCGCAGCAGGAACAUGUAUGAAAAGUACUCUACGUUAAUACCAGGAAAAGGGGGUUCUGGUGGCGAAUAUACAGUACAGGAAGGGUUCGGAUGGUCAAACGGUGUGGUACUGGAUAUACUAAAUACCUACGGAGACAGGCUGAAGUUGGACCAAGUUCCCUGUCAGACAUCCGUGGGAAAACAAAAUAACAAACAGCCACAAUCCAAUCAGAGAUUGGAUCCACCCACCCAAAGGCGUCUUGGCAGGAGACGCAAAAUUCCUUAA